AGGUAAAAACCAGAGAAUGGCAAAUAGUCUCUCCAUUCCUUUGAUCCUUAUUAUAUCUCAGUUGUACCUUCAAAUAUGGUUCCUCAAGAUUGAUGCGAAAGUUACAUCAAUUAUAGUGUUUGGAGAUUCCACAGUAGAUUCCGGGAACAAUAAUUAUCUUCCGACGAUUCUGAAAAGUAAUUUCAUGCCUUAUGGUCGUGAUUUUGACGGUGGGAAGCCCACCGGAAGGUUUUCCAAUGGCCGGAUUCCAACAGAUUUCAUAUCUGAGGCCUUUGGACUCAAAGAAACUGUCCCUGCUUAUUCAGAUCCAGCUUAUAAUAUAUCAGAUUUUGCUACAGGCGUCUGCUUUGCUUCGGCUGGGACUGGUUAUGAUAAUCUUACAUCUCGAGUGCUUAAUGUAAUGCCUCUUUGGAAGGAAUUAGAAAAAUACAAGGAAUAUCGAAAGCGGCUAAAAGGCUAUCUAGGCACCAACAAGGCAGAAGAGAUCUUAACACAUGCUCUAUACAUUAUCAGUAUGGGAACAAACGACUUCUUAGAGAACUACUAUUUGCUUCCACACAGGCAAUUACAGUAUACCGUGGAAGAAUACCAGAAUUUCUUAACAGGCAUUGCAAGAACUUUCAUCAAACAAAUAUAUAAACUUGGAGCCCGGAAAAUAUCAUUAACUGGGCUUCCUCCAAUGGGAUGUUUGCCACUGGAGAGAACAACAAAUUUCUUAUUUGGAAGAGAUUGCAUACAAAAGUACAACAAUGUGGCUAAGGACUUCAAUAACAAGUUACAAGCAUUAGUUUCGACGCUUAGCAAGGAGCUUUAUAAACUUCAAUUGGUGUUCUCCAACCCAUACGAUAUUCUUUACGAGAUUAUUCAGAAGCCUGAAUCAUUCGGAUUCGAGAACGAGGCAUUUGCAUGUUGUGGGACAGGAGAGUUUGAGAUGAGUUAUUUGUGUAUUGAACUCAAUCCAUUUACAUGUAGAGAUGCAAAUAAGUAUGUAUUUUGGGAUUCAUUUCACCCUACUGAGAAAACAAAUGCCAUAAUGGCGAAUUACGCGGUCAAAACUACUCUAUCUGUGUUUCAAUAGAGAUUUGAAUUAUUUGCAGUAUUUACUUAAUUAAAUAUUAUAUUUGUCCAA